AAUAUAAUUUGAGAAUAUUUUGUUUCCUUUUUUAAAAGAUAUCGAAUUUGAAAUAAUGAAAUCCUAUUGGUUGGUGAACCUAGAGGUUCACCGUAGGGAGUGAACCCAAGAAUGACUCAAAAAUGAAUCAUAUGGUAUCAAUUCUCAAAUGAGGCAUGCAUUGGCCUAAGCCUCAAACAUACAAGAUUGCAAGCAUAUAAUAGUAUAGUAAAGCGUCGUUGCUCUUAUAGCUAUCCAAGGACACAGGUUAAUGCGACAAAAUUAUAUUGUUAUAAUUUUAUCUCUUUACCCACUAAGAAGGGAGUAUUUAUCUACUAUAUUAAAUUUGAUACACAUGAUAAUCAUAACAACUAAUCGGAAUGAAGACGUGUCAAAUCUUCAAGAUUAAAAUAGUGAUACUAAUAAUAAUAAAAUAGGGGGCACAUAUUGGGUUAUGAUGACUCUGCGUUCAUCACAUGUUACUGAUAAUAUUUUUGUGAAAGUAAUGCUUCAUCUUUGUAUGACACUAUGGGUCAUUAGAUCGUAAACAUUUCUUCUCAACGUUUGAUAUAAUUAUCAUGGUACACUAAACACUAGUCAAGCAGUAUAACCAAAUAGAAACAAUUUUUGUAACUCCUGUGUCCUUUACAAGAAAUGACAUGCAUUUGCAUGUCUUAUCAUCAUCAAUUUUAGUGUCCAACAUAAAUACUUAAAAGGCUGUCUCCUGGAGUGGAUAUCAAUGUAUUCUAGUGGUGACUUCACGGUAUUCACCUCUAUCUACAUGGAGGAAAACUUUGGGGAAUUUGAGUGUGCUAGCUAAAGAAGAAUAAAAGAAAUACUUCAAAUACUCGAGGAGCAACUGAAAAGAGAACACUAAUUUAAAAACCACUAUCAUUUCAAUAUUAUAAUUAUUAGAAGAAAAAAAAACAAUUGGGGAGAACUAUUUCUGCUUUUAGAAAUUCCACUUUUAGUGUUUGCUUUGUUGAGGAAGGAAAUAAACAUGAGAAUGUGGUUUAGGGUCAGCAAAAACAUAUACUUUUUUCGUUUUAUUUUAGUUGUCAUUUUAGGUUUAUACAUACAAAUUAAAAAAAUAUUUAAUUUUAUAUAUUUUUAAAAUAAAAACAUCAUUACUUAUAUACUUAACCAAAAUUUAACUAAUAAAAAACAAACUAUAGAAUAUUAUUAAUAUUUUUUUUAAUUGAAAUUCUAAAAUAAUAUUUAUUUUGAAACAAAAACUUUACUUACGACAAUUAAACUGAAAUGAGAGGAGUAUACUGAAUCAUUAGAAUUUAGACCAAUUCGCCUUUUAUAUGACAUUGAUGUGAUUUUUCUUUAUAGGUCUUACUUAGGCCUUAGUGUCGUAUUUGUAGUGCUAAUUAUUAUGUUCACUUAUAACUUUAUACGAAAUGCAUGUGUUAUAAAUGAUUGAAGAUGUGAUCUUAAGUGGGGACUCACACUGAGAUUCUAUAGCAUAUAACAAAGAGAAUAUUAAUUGCAAUUUAAACUUAGAACUAAGAGAGGCAAGUGUUGCUAAUCACUACGUACUUUGCUUUUACUCUUCUCUUUGCUCUUUUUCCGUUUGACCCAUUUGACCCAUUUUCCUCUUCUCCUUUGGUGUAUAAACUAGUAGAACUAUUUUUGUUUUGAGUAUAUAAACUACUCCAUUAGUUUCUUAGUGGAUGAGAAAGGAUAACAUGUGACAGUGAUAAACAAAAUAAAGUGAAAGCUAGAACGGAAUACUUGAUACUAUGCAAAUUAAGGGGUAAUAAUUAAAGAAACCCCCAAAUCCAACCAAAUUGAUGAAGAUUUGGUCCCCAAAACAUCUUUUAAUCUUUCAAUUUUAAUGUAUACAUCAACCCACAUUUCUAUAUCAUGUCACUAAAAGUGUAACGCGUAAAAGUCAGAUGUAAGUACAUCAAAAAUCAUCAUGAAGUUCUGAACAUAAUUAGUAUUAUCACUAAUAAAUUAUGAAGAGGCCUAACUUUAUUAGACAACAUAAAUAUAUCUUUAAAAAAAAAGAUGACGGGAAACUCAUGAAAUGGGAAAUUCGGGUGAGAAAAAGAGAGAGACAUAUGAGGUGUUUUAUAGGCAAAUUGUGGACCAACAAGGCACAAGCUACUCUUCUUUAAUGAACAUUUCUUAGUUUCGUGGAAUGAUUAUGUUUUUCUUUUUUUUUGAAAAUCGAUUAUCUAUUUUUUCCAUAAUCAUGUUUGAUUUUGGGAGUAAUUAUAACUCAUGAUGGUAAACCCAAAACUCAUCUACUAAUGUAAUCUCAAGUCUUUUAAUCUCUCAGGUGUUGGUUUCGACGGUUGUUUCUUCGGGUAGGCUAGUUGAUAAAUGUUUCUCUUAAAUUUUAUUAUAUUGUACAUUAUACGUACUGCUUUUAGAGAUGAUUUCAACCUCGGUUUCGACUGUUUUGUUUUCACGUGUAAUGUAUAUACAGUAACAAAUUUUUCCAUAACCAUGUUUCGACUGUUUAGGAGAAAUAUUUAUCAACUAGCCUACAUUUAUUUACGUGAAACAUGGUUAAUUAUCUUAAACCCAAAACAUGAUUUCAACCUUCGAAAACUCAUCUACUAACAAAUUUUUCCAUAACCAUGUUUCGACUGUUCUGUUUUCACGUGUAACUUUUUGAUAGACAGUAUUGUGAUUUUGUAUACAUUUUAUUUCAUGUUAGGUUCCAAAGGAUCAAUCUAUUCAACAAUGUAAUAAGUUGAAAAAUGGAACCAAAUUUAUUAUUUCCUCCAUAUUUCUAAUGUAUAUAUAAAUGAUCUAGAAUAAUAAUUUUAUGAUAUUGUAGCUCUAUAACAAUUUUUUCUAUGUAUUUGUGAUAACAUACCAUUUAAUAACAAAAAAUAAUGCAUGUAUUAUAUUUGCAUAAAAGCUAAUAAUAUAUGAUAAAAAUCUAAUAAUAUCUAAUAUUUAAGACAAGAUCCAAAUUAACUAAAUACAGUCAAAUUCUCACUUACCGAAUAUGCUUUAAGUUAGUUGACAAAAAUAGAAACAAACUAAACUCCAAGACUAUGCCUCAAGCUACCGAUUCUUAAUGAUUUUGUUUAAAACAUAAAGCAAAUUUAGAAUGAUAUCACCAUAAAAUGAUAAUUAUUUCUUAUUCAGCUGUUCAUUAAUUUAUGGAAUAUUAAAUGCUUUAAUUUUUUCGAAAAAAUAAUAAUUAUGAAGAAUAAUAAUAAGAAGAAUGCAAAAGAGUAUAAUGAUGAAAGGUCCUACUCGGUGCAGAACCCCCCCGUGUGCCCACUCUUCCCUCUCCAUUAAUUCUCUCUCUCUCUCUCUUUAUCACCAAUCCUCUCAACCAUCAUCAUCAUCAAUGGCCUUCUCCUUCAUCCUCCUCCUCUCCUCCGUCGCUGCCGCUUUCCUCCUUUUCAUUCGCCGCAUCCGUUACAGGCGGAUGGGUCUUCCUCCGGGAAGUCUCGGCUAUCCUCUGAUAGGCGAGACUCUGCAGCUGAUCAAAGCUUACAAGACUGAGAACCCUGAGCCUUUCAUCGACGAGAGAGUGGCAAGGUACGGUUCGGUUUUCAUGACGCAUCUAUUCGGUGAACCGACGAUUUUCUCAGCCGAUGCGGAAAUGAACCGGUUCGUUCUUCAGAACGAAGGGAAGCUUUUCGAGGGAUCUUAUCCAGCUUCCAUAUGUAACCUUUUGGGGAAACACUCUUUAGUUCUUAUGAAAGGUUCUUUGCAUAAACGUAUGCAUUCUCUUACCAUGAGCUUCGCUAACUCUUCAAUCAUUAAAGACCAUCUUAUGCUCGAUAUUGACCGGUUAGUCCAGUUUAAUCUUGAUUCUUGGUCCUCUCGUGUUCUCCUCAUGGAAGAAGCCAAAAAGAUAACGUUUGAGCUAACGGUGAAGCAGUUGAUGAGCUUUGAUCCAGGGGAAUGGAGUGAAAGAUUAAGGAAAGAGUAUAUUCUUGUCAUCGAAGGAUUCUUUUCUCUACCUAUCCCUCUCUUCUCCACCACUUACCGCAAAGCCAUCAAAGCGCGGAGGAAGGUGGCAGAAGAGCUGACGGUGGUGGUGAUGAAAAGGAGGACGGAGGAGGAAGAAGGAGGGGAAAGAAAGAAAGAUAUGCUCGCGGCGUUGCUUGCGGCGGAUGAAGGAUUUUCCGAUGAAGAGAUUGUUGAUUUCUUGGUGGCUAUACUCGUCGCCGGUUAUGAAACAACCUCUACGAUCAUGACUCUCGCCGUUAAAUUUGUCACCGAAACUCCUCUAGCUCUUGCUCAACUCAAGGAAGAGCAUGAAACGAUUAGGGUAAUGAAGAAGAGUGAUUCGGAGAGUCUUGAAUGGAGCGAUUACAAGUCAAUGCCAUUCACACAAUGUGUCGUUAACGAGACUCUUCGUAUAGCUAACAUCAUCGGUGGUGUAUUCAGACGUGCAAUGACGGAUGUGGAGAUCAAAGGUUAUAAGAUUCCGAAAGGGUGGAAGGUUUUCUCAUCGUUUAGAGCAGUUCAUUUAGACCCAAACCACUUCAAAGACGCUCGCACUUUCAACCCUUGGAGAUGGCAGAGCAACUCGGUAACAAGAAGUCCUUCUAAUGUAUUUGCACCGUUCGGUGGUGGACCACGGAUAUGUCCCGGUUACGAGCUAGCUAGGGUUGCACUCUCUGUCUUCCUUCACCGCCUAGUGACUGGCUUCAGUUGGGUUCCUGCAGAGCAAGACAAGCUGGUCUUCUUUCCAACAACUAGAACACAGAAACGGUAUCCAAUCAUCGUGAAGCGCCGUGAUUGUGGCUUAUCUUCUACUUUAAGAUGAAGAGACCAUAAGACUUUCUAUUUAUAGAAUAACAGCAUUUCUCAGGAUUAACUUCUUUUUUUUUUUGCUUCCCCAUCACUUAAUAAAGCCUUCGCUUCUGUAUAUACAUUUAUGUAUCUCAUGCUUCACUGAAUCUAUGUUGGUUCGCCGGAGUUGAGGAAGAGUGGGAAGGGGAGAGUGGAGUGGAGCGAACCAGUAGAAGCAGUGAAGGUGUUAACUAUUGAAACGACAUCGUGAUAGUUCUCAACUUUUUUUAAAGCCAUGUCAACACAAAUUAAUGGGCUGGUAUUGUCGGCCCCGUUUAGUUCCUUUGUAAAAAAAAUUGCGAGUCGUUUUAAAAAAUAAUAGAAAAUCUAAUCUGAACCCUAAAA